CUACGAGCAACGUAGCAUCGUUUGAGCCGCCUCCAGACACGUGCGUGCUACGAUACGAAACAGUGCAGGGCAGUUUAUAAAGUAAAAAGCCAAAUAACAACUGUGAUAAUAUCUAUUAUUCAACUAUAUUUGUCUGAUAUUGGGGUUAUCAUGCAUACAAAAGCAAUACAAAAUAGAGGAAAUAUCUACUAAAUACAUACAUAUAUGCGUAUUAUUUAGAUAAUUAUAUACUCGAAAAAAUUGACAAUCGACUAGAUUAUUAAGAGAACUAUAUUUAGAAAUAUGAAAAAUAACGACGAAACUAUUUUGGAAAUCAUUCAGGGCCAUAAAACUGCAAAAUGGCCCACAGCGAAGCUGGUAAAAAUUUUCAUAGCCAGCACCAAACCAGAUUUUAUCGAAGAAAGAAGAUAUCUUUUGGAAUUUGUUGGGCCCGAAUUGCAAGCGGUUUUCGAAGACAAUCAGAUCGAGAUUGAAUUGGUUGACAUGCAUUUUGGUGCUUCUGAAAGAGACUACUACGAUCCUUAUUUAUUCGAAGACCACUUGAAUGAAAUACGUUUGUGUCACAAGUUGUCUAGAGGCUGUUUUUUCGUGAGCCUAGUGGGAAAUAAAUACGAGCCCCUCAUGGUUCCACCUCGUUUAGAUGUAGAUAAGUACAUGACAAUUAAAAAUAAGGCUGAAGAGAUGGGAUUAGAACAUGAUAUUUUAAUCAAUUGGUACAAAAAAGUUCACGACGAAUACGUUUUGAAGGAGUAUAGAAAACUUCCAUUUGAGGAAUGGAAGCAAAUUUGUUCGAAAAUAUUAAACCUUAUAAACGAAUGCACCUUACAAAUGCCGGACACUUCGCGAAAAAAAAUACAAAAAUAUUUGAGAUCAACGGUGGAGCAACAGUUCAAUUAUGCUUUAGGAUUGGCUCCAGGCACGGCACACCACGUUAUAAAUGUUACAAGGGAAUGGGACAAUACUGAGGAAUCCAACGAUUAUUUUAGGGACGUAGAGUAUAGCCCAGAAUUACAAAGUACUUUUGUGGAGAGAAUUAACGAAUUUAAAGUUUCAAUAAAAAACCAAAUUCCAGACGAAAAUAUUCUUAAUUUUACAGUGCCUUGGGUGGAAGGAGGUGUAAGUAACGAGAUUGAAGAACACGAAACAUAUCUAAAUAAGUUUAAAAAUAACAUUUUUCAUAAGAUUAAGGCUAUGGUGCAAAAGAGCUUGGACGAUGAGCCUGUCUUAAAGUCCAGGAAGAAAAUAGUCGAGGAAAAUUUUCAAGAGAACAUAACUCAUUUGACGACUUGCUACGGCGACAUCGAAAAAGAUUUCACGAACUCUGAAAUAUUUGAAAAGAUAAAGCAAGUGGUGGAGAAUAACAAUAAGACGCGUCACAACCCAAUAUUAAUAUAUGGAAAUCAGGGAUCCGGGAAAAGUUCUUUACUCCAAUUGCUAUAUAGAAACUUCGAGAACUGGUUUACGUGUAGAUCGUUAAGAAUAGUUAGAUUUGCGAACUCGACUCCGAGAUCGUCCUACAAUUUGGAACUCUUAAGAAUCAUAUGCCAGCAAAUAUGUAUAGCGCUCAAAUUGCCCGAAGGGUUCCUACCCAAAGACGCCUCCUUCGACCCUUUAUACAUAAACAAUUGGUUUCAGUCGCUUUUAAGAAAUUUCGAGGAGCUUAAUCAAGUGCUUGUUAUAUUUAUCGACGACCUGCACGCACUAAACCCUCUAGACACCGAUAUGGUUUCCAUUUUAAGCUGGCUUCCGAUCACGUUGCCCAAAAAUGUUCACAUGAUAUGCACCACCGGCGUUGACCUUGACAAUCUCAGAUUGACCCCUGUCCAAAAGGAAAAACUCAGAAACCCCGAAUCGUAUUUCGAAUUACCCCCCGCAGCUUCAUUUAAUGGCGUUGUGAAUGAAAUUUUUGACAAGUUGGAGCAGAACUUCAGCAAACCGGCUAUUUCCAAACUGGCAUCGUUAAUAACCUGUUCGGAAUAUGGGUUGAGUGAGACUGAAGUGUUGGAAAUUUUGAUGCCCACAAGUAACAGCGAGGCCGUCAUUUUAAUCGAAGAUGCUAAUUUCAACUUUUCAUCAAUAUGCGCUGUAAAAAGACAGAUGGGCUCGAUUUUAAAAGAAAAAGUAAUGAGUGGUAAGUUGCUGAUUUAUUGGAAACAUUCGAUGAUAAAAGACAUCGUUUAUGGUAGAUAUCUUACAAACCAAGAUUCAAUCAAAAAUACGCACACAGAAUUAGCAAAUCUGUUUUUUAACGAGUUUCUCGAAGAAAACAGUGACUCCGAGGCUGAAGGAGAACCGGCUCCGCUUAUGUCGGAAAUCAAGGAAACUCCUUUUCAAUCUACUUUGCAUAAAGACGUCACGUACAGUUUAAGGCAUGUUGAAGAAUCUUGGAUUCAUUUACUUAAAUCUGGGGACAUUAUCAAAUUAAAAAGUUUGUGUAUGUGCAACUACGACUUCUUACUUGCAGCGGUGCAAACGUUUUCUGUAAGCUAUUUAAGAUGUUUAUUGGAACAUGUCAGAUGUUACCUAUUAGAUAGAGAAAUCGAAUUAGUUUAUUACUCUAUACGUAAAUCUACUGAUAUAUUGACAAGAGAUACAUUUCAACUUGGAACACAGCUGAUUGCAAUGCUGCGUCCAGUAAUCGAGAGAGGUGGAGGUCUGAUGAGUUCUUUAGUCACGUCGGCGAUGGCUUGGUGUGACGGUUUCACGUUGCCACUGGUUGUGCCGUUAACCGAUUGGUUGCAACCACCUUUGCCGCAGCAAUCCAGAUCUAUCAACACCCCAAACGUUAAAUUAAUCGAAUCCGCUCCGAAUGGGCAGCAUGUCGUAGUUGUCGUCGACACGGACCCCCAAUUAUGGCACAUUAUGACAAACCAGCUUGUUCACACCUUUAUAGGCCAUACAUGUAAGGUUAACUGCAUGGCCGUGACCAAACAAUCGCAAUACUUGUUGACCGGCUCCAACGACUUGAGCAUCAUGGUUUGGGACUUAAAAUCGUUGAGCUUGAAAACAAAAAUAACCGAGCACAUUGCGCCAGUGUUGUGCAUAACGAGCGCAUUAAACAACUCGGUGAUUAUUAGCGGAGGUGAGGACAGCAGCAUUAUAGUGUCAUCGUUAGCAAAGGGAAAUGUGGUGAUCAAAAUUGAUCACCAUCGAGGUCCUGUCACGGCACUUAAGGUAACAUCGACGGGAGAUAUAUUGGUGUCGGGGAGUCAGGAUGGAAAAGUGUGUCUUUGGUCUCUGGAAACAUUUAAACUGCUGAACAUGAUAAGCCUUACUUCUCCAGUGUUAAUGCUGGACGUUUCGGCGGAUUCUGUAUUUUUGAUAGCCUGUUGUCGAGAUAACAACUUGUAUGUGCGAACUUUGGCGACCGGCACUGAGGUUCACAGCAUAUCGGCGAAUAAAACGAAAGUAAAAUCGCUGUGCUUGACGCAAGACAGUUGCCGGAUUGUUUUGGGUUGCGCCGACGGCAAAGUCUACAUCCACGACAUUCACAGCGCGAAACUAAUGAAAACGCUUGGCGGGCAAGGCGGCGAAAUAACCGCCGUCCGAAUCACCGACAAAGACGACUUUUUGCUCACCGCCGGCGCUGGCCGGAUUAUAUUUUACCCGUUCAGAAGCGACGAUCACAUCAAAAACGUAAUCAAGCACAAGAAGAAGUCGCACCAGCAACUGACGCCGCACACCGGAUGUAUCACGUGCUUGGACGUUUCUCGCGACGGUCAGAUGUCGGUAACGGGUGGAACUGAUCACUUGAUCAACAUUUGGCAGCUCAACAACCAGGAACUUCUUCUCUCCUUGAACGUACAUUCGUUGCCGAUAACUGCAGUUAAUUUCGCUCCCAGCGGUUUGUUUGUCACCUCGGGAUCCGAGGAUAAGACCGUCAGGGUAUGGGGUCUCACUAUGGGCUCCAUCGUUUCCACGUUCACGCGACAUCAAGCAGCCAUAAGUGCGGUUCAAGUGAUGAUGGACUCGACAAGAGUAAUAUCGAGUGACACGAACAACACUCUGUGUAUUUGGCUUGCUGAUAAUGGAAAUUUACUGCAAACUUAUUCAGGAGCUAGCGAAUGGGUUAAGGUUACAAAUAACAUGAAGUAUGCGCUUGCAACAAAUGGGGAUACGUCUUUGAAAAUCUGGAGUUUAAUGAAAGAAGAUGAAAAGUACACCAUAAACCAUUCGGAAGAGAUAAGUUGCUUCGUAUUAACCAUCGAUUCGCAGCACAUUAUAACAGGAUCUAGGGACAUGUCACUAAAAGUUUGGCUUGUCGCUGGCGGAAAACUCUCCCAGGUUUUAAUCGGCCAUAAUGACGCUGUGACGUGUUGCGCCGUGUCAGUGUCAGAGAAAAAUCAGGUUAUUUCCGGUUCCUGCGACAACAAUUUGAUAGUGUGGGACAUUAACACGGGAUCUGAUUUGCACACUUUAUCUGGACAUUUAAGCUAUGUCACAUGCGUCAAGCUGUCUGGGGAUGGAUCCACAGCUAUUUCCGGUUCCGAUGAUAAAAGUAUAAUUAUCUGGGACGCAAAGAAGGGGAUAAUGCUUACAUCUUUGCAAAUGCAUCUUUCCAUUGUUAAUGUUGAACCGGCUUCUGAUUUCUCCAGGAUUUCUGUGCUCCUUAAGGAUACUAAAUACAGCCCGAUUAUAUGUCUGCACAAUACCCCGGCUAAAUACGUUAAAUUACCCACGUAUUGUGCCCCCGACAAGGAUAUACUUGAAAAUCCAAAAGCAGCACCAAAAAGGCAAAUGAGGCGUUUAUUGAAGAAGGAAGUUUCUUUGGACACUUACACUUGGCAGAAGAAGUACGCUCAUCUGACAUCGAACAUUGUAAUACCCUCAGUUGAUGAGAGGUUCAAACGGAGAUUCUCCGUGUCUGCUAGCAUGGAGGAGAUAUCGAAAAUUCCGCAAAAUAAGGAUUCUCAAGGUAAUUUGGCUCAAACGAAGCAGGGUUCUCUUGCCCAGUCCCAGCAUUUCGAUCAACUGGAGGCAUUGUGGAACAAAUCACCUCCGCGUAGACGACUUCAGCAGUCCCUUUCAAAACAAUCUUCGUUGGCUGAGUCACAUGAUUAUUCUUCCGAGGAAGAGGUCCAAAUCGAUAACGGUAGAGUUACAUAAAAAUCUAUUCUAGUUAAUGUGAUAAAGUUUUUGCUUGCAGCGUAUUUAUAAUUCGCGUUGGUUUUUAUUUAAAUUGUAUUUUUUUUAAAUUUGUUACAAGCAAAAUACUUUUUUGGCUCUAUAGUGUCAUUUUAUACAUUAUUUAUAAGAGCCACUUUAAUUGCAUUUAUACUUCAAUAAGUUCAACUUUCUAUGUAGUCUCUUGAUUAAGCCCUUAAUGAGAUUUUAAUAAGUUUUAAUGCAGUUAUAGUUGCUCUAAUGAUAAUUUAUAAAAAAAUUAAAUGUUUUAUUAGAAGAGCCUUUAAACUAUAUACAAUGGAUGUCGUAAAUGUAGUAAAAAAACCUACCUAUAAAAAUUUUUUGCAAAUGAUAAUCCAAGUGCUUUCCUUAUGACUGUACUUCAUCUUUUUAUUAGAGUUUAAUUUUAUACAGGGACUCACCCAGUAAAUUUAAGAUAAAUUGUUGUUAUAUUUACUAUUAUUGGUGCACAACUUUACCUAUAAGGCAUUUUCGAAGUUUUUUAUUUGAAAAGGAGUAUUUAUUAUAUUUGUUGCUAUAUUUAUAACUUCUCAGGACCAAAGAUAUUAUUGUUAAUUUUGUUAUAUUUGUAUUUUUAUAUAUUAAUAAUUUAUUACAAACAAAAUUUAACAGGACUGGACUAAGGGUAAAGAAUUUUCAGUUUCUUAAAAUUAAAUUACAGAAAACUCUCAAACGGCUGUGGCCAGUCAAGUCCUGAAAAACUAUUUUGUUUUAUAUAAAAAUAUUUUCUACAAAAAAUAUUUUAUCCCUUUAUUAUUUUCAAUUUUCAAAUAUAUUAUACAGUUUAUUUCAAUCAGACCUAUUUACUUUUUCACAACCUUGAAAUGCUCUGUAUAAUAUUAUCAUUUGUGGGCUGUACUAUUAAGUGUUAGACUUCUUUAACUGUGUUAUCUAAAACAAUUCUAAACUCGCUACUUCAGCAAUAAAAGCAUUUUAUUGUAACCACGUAUUAGACUAAAAAACACUGUGUAAAAGGCAUGUUAAUAUGUGUUAUAGAAUAGUGUCCACAAAUAAACGUUUUAGAACCACA